CUCAAAUGUUCCAUUUGUUCCUCUCCCCCACCUCCCCCAUCCCGGGCCGGGAAUCCGGCCAUUCACUGAGGGUGGGAGGAAUCGCUACUGCCGCAGUCCGCCUGUACACCGGGCCGGGGACUUUUCCGACUGUAAUGUGUGACGGACUCAUUCGUUGUCGGAAUAUUUAUGGACGUUAGCGAACGGCCUCGGGACAGAAGCUCAGACUGAACUCUCCGUGCAGGGUGGGCACACAAGUACAGGUCAAUUAUCGCACUCUCGAGAAUUUAGACCGUGGUUACCCGGGAUCGCACUUGUGCCGUCUGGUUGCAACGUGAGAGGAUGUUUUAUACUGAGUCCGUGUGAAAAGCAUUUCUCACACAGUCGGGACGUUUGAAAUCCCGCACGGGGGAGGGUCCCGUCACCCAUCUCUCUCUCUCCAUGGAAAAGUAACUACUCAGAACAACAGGAAGACCCUGGGGUAUUAUUGUAAGGGAUAUCGCAGUUGGAAUGUCACAGAUUGAUUUAUUUAACGGAAUCUUUAAAAUAAUUGAAGAAAAGCUGCAUAUGAUGGGAGUCUAAUGUAUAAACAAAAUGCUGGAAAUUCGCAGCAAGUCGGGCAGCAACUGCAAUAAGGAACCUUCCAGGUUCGAUUUGUGUAUAGUUAUGGGUUUUACUGCUCUUCUCUGUAGCAGAAAGGGUUACAUACAAUAUCAAACCAAUUUUGUUCACAGUUAGAGGUGAGCGUGGAUUGUCGAUCCGAUUGGAUUUGGUUUCAGCACAAAGGUCGCUCCCUGUUCUAAGGAAUGUGUGGGUUGGAAUCCAUCCUGUGGACAGGCAGCUGCUUGCACACCGACACUGAGCUCUGACUCUCACUGAGCAAUAACUCCACCUCCCAAGUCACUCAGUGAUGCCUCGCCUGACUGGCUGAAAUGAAGUAAGAAGGAUAUGGCUUGAAUAUAUAUCUACAGAGAGACAGAGCAUUCUUGGGGAUUUAAGAGCACCGGAAUUUGGGACCACCUGUCACCAUCAUGGCUGAACAUGCCGGCAGGAGAGGGGAUGCAGUGACCUCCACAGCAAGGAAACACGCACGUAGGCAAUUAACUUCCUUAGAGAAAGUUUUCAAGAGACUUUUGCCAGUCAGAUCAUCAAGUGAAGAUGAUCAGGACACAGGAACUACAACACCAAAGCAAGGUCAGAUUGAGGGCAGGGUCCCAAUGGAAUGUGUUCCGGCCUUGGAGGAAAGGGAACAAAGUCAGCCCAGCUGGAGUGGGAUCAGAGCCACGAUUCAGGGCCAUGGAUCCGGCCCAACUGAGGCGAUUCCCUGUGACAUCGGAGGCUCAUUCACCAAGGAAUCAUCAAGUCUCAACCAAGGAGCAGAACACCUGAUGUCGGGAUCCCCUGUCACCACCAUGCCUGAAGAUGCCAAAAGGGGACGGGAUACAGUGACCUCAAAAUUAAGGAAGGACACAGAUCCAAAGCCAACGAUGUCCGAGCUCCUGACACAGUGCGAGGAUUACCAACUGUUCCAGUUGUCAAACUUCUACCGGGAGAGACUGAAACCCGCGAUUGAAGGGCUCAGCUUGAUGUUGAGAGAGAAGAGACAUUUAAGUCGAAAGGAACAUGAGAAAGUCACUGAGCUGGUGGAGAAGAGAAACCGGAUAGAGAGUUCCAAACUCUUCUUCAGUCUGGUUAUGGAGAAGGGAUCCCGGGCCCGGAGGGUGAUGUGGGAAUCCUUUGUAAAAAUGCGGAAUGAGUUACCAAAGUUGGACAAAAUACUGAAUGAAAUCCAGGAGCUCGGUCCUGAUCCAUAUGAAUACAUGAACAUCUGCCGAGAUUUAUGUGAUUUAUCCGCACAGCUGAAGGAUGUUCAGAAGAAACACAAGGAGGCUCUGCGGGCACAGACUGAAACACUGAGAGUGAACACGAUCCUAAUGAGGGAGAAGGUGAAGGUUUUCCAGCUGGUUGAUCGAUACGCUGAGCUCACGGUCAUUUCUACUGUUCGAGAUCGGAGUCUUGUGGAACAUGAACUGCUGGUAAGAGGCCGCGACCAUGAGGAGUGGAGAGAGAAACAUCUCCGGGGAGAGCUGGAAAAAAUCCGGACUGAUCAAUUGUUCCAGAGCAGCUUUUCCCGGAGUAAAUCCAAAUCUGGGAGUUCGGCAGCUGUGGCCGGAGUCCCGGGGAUCGGGAAAACAACUAUGGUGCAGAAGAUUGUUUAUGACUGGGCCACGGGGAAAAUAUACCCACACUUCCAGUUUGUCUUCAGUUUCAAAUUCCGGGAUUUAAACUCCAUUAAAUGUAGAAUAAAUCUGAGAGAACUGGUUCUAGAUCAGUAUCCUUACUUUGGGAAUAUUUUGGGAGAUGUCUUGAAGAACCCAAAGGGAUUGCUGUUUAUAUUCGAUGGUUUGGAUGAAUUCAAGCACAGAAUCGAUUUUGCUGACAGUCGGAGAGACACAGAACCUCAGCACAUGUGCACAGAUCCUGAGUGGUGGUGUGAAGUGUCUGACAUUGUGUACAGUUUAAUCCAGCACAAGCUGCUCCCAGGGUGUUCAGUGCUGGUGACCACCCGCCCCACUGCAUUACAUUUAUUGGAAAAGGCGGAGAUCAGUGUCUGGGCUGAAAUCCUGGGAUUUGUCGGUGAGGAACGGAAGGAAUACUUCCACAGGUAUUUUGAAGAUCAGGUGGUGGCAGCAGCUGUUUACAAACACGUGGAGGAGAAUGAGAUCCUGUACACCAUGAGCUACAACCCAUCCUACUGCUGGAUCCUCGGUCUGGCAUUGGGCCCCUUCUUCACACAAAGACACAAGGACCCGCAGCGAGUUCCCAAGACCAUCACCCAACUCUAUUCCCACUAUAUUUACAACAUCCUGAAAAACCACGGCCGUGAGAUUGAAAGCGCCCGUGAUGUGUUACUGAGAGUUGGUCAGAUGGCCUUCAGAGGAGUUUUCGAGAAGAAGAUUGUUUUUGCAGAUGGAGAUUUGAUCAACUACAAUCUGCAGCCUUCCCAGUUCCUGUCCGGGUUCCUGGUAGAACUUUUGGAGAGAGAGGACUCUGCCCGGAGCGCGGUGUACACAUUCCCACACCUCACCAUCCAAGAGUUUGUAGCCGCACUCGCACAAUUCCUGACCCCGCAUCCCGGGGACAUCCUGAAACUCCUCACUGAAGCCCACAGAACGAUAGACGGGCGAUUUGAGGUAUUUCUCCGUUUUGUUGCUGGCCUUUCCUCCCCAGGGUCAGCUCGGGGGCUGGAGGAGUUUCUGGGUCCAUUUCCCCAUCAAACAAUCUGCCCGAGUGAUUGACUGGUUGAAGGAGGAGGUGAAACGUCAGAGUGGAAACACAGGGAGUGAUGCCGGUAAAAGGAGCCUCCUCAACAUACUGCACUACCUGUUUGAGUCUCAGAACCGUGGACUGGCUCAGGGCGCAGUGGGAUCUGUGGAAACACUUCCAUU